CUCUAUAUUUUAACAUUGAUAAUUUGAUCCGUUCUAGGUAAGCUCUGAUCGUCGUUGCUUCAUAACCAUCAUGACUACUUCAUUUACAACGCUCCCGAUUGUUUCACUGUCGGCUCUAUCCGACCCGCAGUCCGACCCAGAGGCUCUCUCUGCGCUUUCGUCAAAGCUCAACGAUGUCUUCUCCACCACUGGAUUUGCAUAUCUCGUGGAUCUUCCCCUAACAUACACCCACAAAGAUGUAUUUAGUCUCUGCAAUUCGUUUUUCGGGUCAAAGGGCCUUACAGCGGAUGAAAAGAUAAGACUUGCAAAGAAAACAUUUGUUAAGUCUAAUACAAAUACAUAUAGGGGAUACUUCCCGCCCCAAGUAGGCAGCGAUAACCUAAAGGAAGGCUUUGAGAUCGGUUCUCCAACCUCAACUGUAUCACUAUCGAAGCGACCCACCAAGUUCAAUCUAACCGAACCCAAUGUCUGGCCAACUGGCCAUCAAGAGUUCCAGCAUCGUGCUGAGACCCUCUACGAAGAACUUCAGAGCAUGUCUGCACGUCUUCUUACCGUUCUAGCAGGCUCGUUGGGACAAGUGCCCGAGUACUUUGAUUCUUACCUGAAAGACUCCCUUAGCACUCUUAGAUUACUGCACUAUCCUCCUCUUCCAAAGGAGAAGAAGGAACAAGAGCUCAUUUGCACCCCCCACACCGAUUCUGGGAUUUUAACCAUCCUUCACCAGGAUUCCACUGGUGGGUUGGAAGUUCUUAACUCGGAUGGCGAGUGGAUCGCUGCUCCCUAUAUUCCAGGAAGCGUUGUCGUCAACAUCGGCGACUUGAUGGCCAAGGUCAGCGGUGGAAGGUGGGUUGCAACGAUGCAUAGGGUAAGAGCCACUAAUGCUGGAGGGGAGAGAAAAGGGAGAUAUUCGGUGCCGUACUUCUUUGAGCCCGGCAUGGACUGUGUAAUUAAGGCGGUGGGACAGGAGGAUGGCGUCGUAUACGGCGACCAUGUUUUGGAGAAGAUGAAAGGAUGGGUAGAAUUCCAAGACGUAGAUGGGGAAGAAGAGGCUUAGAUUAACUAGCCGGAUGCAAAGCAUUUUAAAUAUUCGCAGUAGUUAGAAACUCUCCUCAUUGCUACUUGACAUCGCCUAAGUGGGGGUAGCCUAAUUACAGUAAUCACUGCGACCACGUCCAGCA